UAACUUGUGCUGUGCAUGCUGGGACUUAUUGUAAGAUGGAAGCGGUCGAAGUGAGCGUGUUGGAGACUCAAUAACAUAAAUUAUCAAGUGUUAAUUUUGCCAUUAUGAAGCUUUAACAUUUGAUUAAUUGCUAUCUUCACAACGACCGGCUCGGACAACGUAAGAUCACCUGUCGCUUAAAGAUAAAACCCGGUAGAGAAACCAUGUCUGUGCUGGGAGGGCUGCUGAGAGCUGGAGCGACCUUCUGCCAGUCCGCCGGGACUCUGCUCCAGACAGCCAGGACCAUAUCCACAGGUGUGUGCUGCCAAAUCAGGAUGCAUGCCAUCCCACAGCCAAAAAAGGUGGACAGAUGGACGGAGAAGAGUAGCAUGUUUGGUGUUUAUGACAACAUAGGCAUCCUGGGGGAUUUCAAAGCUCAUCCCAAGGACCUCAUUAUCGCCCCCUGCUGGCUGAAGGGCUUUCGAGGUAAUGAGCUGCAGCGUCUCAUUAGGAAGAAGAAGAUGGUGGGAGACAGAAUGAUGACUCUGGACAGGCACAACUUGGAGAAGAGGAUCCGCUUCCUCUACCGACGCCUGAACCGCUAUGGCAAACACCGCUAACCGGGAACACAACACACGGGCCCAUACAUCAGACCAGCCACUAUCAAUAAGGACUGUGGGAUCUAGUGGUGUUACUUCAUGCUGUCACAGCGUUCUAUAUUGUCAUUUUUUUUUCAGUGUAUUUUCAUUUAUAUAAAGAGAACUGCUUUGUGUACCAGGAAGUACACAUUUACCUUGAUUGUUUCGGAAUCUACUGACAUCCAGUUGACUUGAAACAUGUAUCAAAGAAAGCCUUUCUGUAAAAUAUGUUUUAAGAAGAGACUCAAAAGAUGCCACUUUGUUCCCCCAGCCUAAGCACUAUAGGCACAGUGUCCCUGUGCUUUGGGCCCAGAGGAGCUUGGGGUGCACUCCAGCCCACAGGGAGAUCAAGGAUGAGGCCUUUCUGAGCCCUAACAAUAAUGAGAAAAUUAUUAAAAUCACUAAUCAGCUUUGAUGUCUGGAUUCCUUUUGGUAUAUUACAGUUGGGAAUGAUUUACACUCAAUAGAGAGGGCAUGAUCUGGAAAAUGAGAUGUUUAUGUGCAGUUAUGAAUGUCAGACACUGUUGACCUAAAUUUAAGGUUGCUGUGAAUUUACUGAAACUGUAUUCUCAGUAAAUACAACCACGUCAAAAUACUGCACAC